AGUCGCUCUGUCAAUAACUCUGGACUUUCAGGAAGUUCUCAUGGAAUAGCUGCUGCUCUGUUACAGAGAGAGAAAGAGAGAGCGGUAGUGUGUGAGAGAGGGGGGCUGCUCGCAGAGCUGGGAAUGGAUAUGGCCAACCUUUUCAAACACUUCUUUCGGAUCGGGAAGGUGAAGCAGAAAGGCUGCAUGCGAGAUUUGCCCUCCAGCGCAGAGAAAUAUGACUGCGAUGAGCGAUUAUAUGACCUCAAUCUGCCUGCGCUGGUGAAGUUUAACUACACUGCAGAGCGGGAGGAUGAACUGUCUUUGGUGAAGGGCACAAGGGUCAUCGUCAUGGAGAAGUGCAGCGACGGUUGGUGGCGAGGAACCUAUAAUGGCCAUUCUGGAUGGUUUCCCUCCAAUUAUGUCACAGAGGAUGUGGACGGGACAAUGAGGGCCGACUCCAUGAGUUCUCUUAAAGAUAGACUGGCCUCUGUGGGGCACAAUAACAAUGGCUCUGAGGUUCUGCAGACUGUACAGGCACUUUAUCAUUUCAGCUCCGGCAAUGCCGAGGAGCUGAAUUUCAACAAGGAUGAACUUAUGGAUGUUUUGGAGAAACCUGAGAACGAUCCUGAAUGGUGGAAGUGUAGAAAGGAAAAUGGGCAAGUGGGUUUAGUGCCCAAGAACUAUGUUACAGUUGUACAGAAAACACAUAGAGAACUGGAGAUUUCAGGACCACCUACUACAAACUAUGACAUUAAGCCUUCUAUGGACGGAGUGUUUGGAGGAAAUCCAUGGUACUAUGGCAAAUUGACACGACAUCAAGCUGAGAUGGUAUUGAACCAGAAGGGUGUGGAUGGUGACUUCCUCAUCAGAGAUAGCGAGUCUACGCCAAACGACUUCUCCAUCUCUCUGAAGGCGGUGUACAAGAACAAGCAUUUCAAGGUGCAGCUAAAAGAUGGACUCUACUGCAUUGGUCAGCGCAAGUUCAGCUCCAUGGAGGAUUUGGUGGAACAUUACAAAAAGGCUCCCAUAUUUACCAGUGAAUAUGGAGAUAAACUGUACCUGAUUAAAGCAUUAACUUGAGCCUAUUAAGAGCUACAGACUCUGCAACAUCAAACCCUAUCUGCAACAACAUGAAACUAAGUUGACUGUGCAUUGGGAUGGUGUGAAAACUCCUUUGAUUAAAUGUUUAAAUGUAAAUGUUAGUGUAUUUACAAUUACAUACAGUGAAGAUGUGUUUGCUUCAGCAUUGCUCCAAUUUAGGAUAUUCAGCAAAUUUAAAUGCAAACUCUAGUAUAUAUCAGGAUGAUAAGCUAUUUUUGUAAUUGUACAACUGUUCCGUGCAGCAGUCCAAAAAUCAUUGUGUCACUUGCCCUUUGCGUGUACUUUAUGUUCAUACUGUAGGCUCAUUGUGAUCGUUCAGUUUUGAAGUGGUAAAAGUUUUAAGAUACUUAAAGUGGAGAAUGCAUCAUUCUAAAUGAAAUAUCACCACAAUUUCGACCUUUAAUGACUUUUCUUGCUAGCUUGUUCUUUUGCAAGUGCCAAAACUUUCUUUACAAUCUACAUUGAACUUUUAUGGAGACUAUGUUGUCAGAGCUGAAUCUUUGAUCAUUUUCUUGCUUAACUACUAAUUUGUAAUUGUAACAACUUGUAUACUGUGAAUGUUGUUUCCUUCUACAGAGAACUUUUAGUUUUCUUUUACUUUAACACUUCUUGAUAAGUGUAACUUUUAAUAAUAAAUAAAGUAUUAUA